GCCUNCAAAUUUCAUCACUUAUAAACUACAUAGAAACAUAGGCAUAGGCAUAUAUCCCCAACANCAAGACCCCAAUACCCUCUUUGCUCACAUCCAGAAAUGUCCAGAAAGGCAUGUAAAUAAAAGAUAAACAUAAAUAAUUUUCAUAUCAGCAUAUAUCGGAAUAGGAAACGCUACACCAUCUUCUACCUCCAUCAAGCAGAUUGAACAAACCAAAACCCAGAUUCUAAGCUCUAUCCUUUGAACAACCAUUACACCCAGCGCCUUCCCUCUAGAUUGACAUCUCGAGCUCCAUGCUCAAUGUCCUCUAUGACGUCCUCGGUAUCGGCGGUGAUGUUGCUGGAGGCAUUUGGCAUUUGAGGGAGAGGAUUAGUGAAUGGAGAAGGGAGAAUGGUGCUGGUGGUGUCGAUGAGGAAACAAAUUCCGGCGACAACCUUGGUCGCGAUUCGCAGCGCCGACGGAAUCCUGGUUCGAGGCGCCUGGGUUCGCUCAGGCGAUGUUCGACGGAGGAGGGAGAGCUUCUCUCACGCGAAAGAGAGGUGGAGGAGGAGAUCCGANGUUUUGGCUGGAAACGCCACCGCCGGUUAACGAUGGCGACGUCUGACGGUCCUGGUCUCGCUGGUGAAACGAAGCUUGCGUCUCACCGAGUUCGUUUUCCUCUCGCGCGGAGAAGAAGGUGAUCCAAGGCCACGAUAGCGGCGACCCAGGUGG